AUCACCACUCUCGUCGCCUCGUCCACGGCUCUCAAUUCGGUCUCUCCUCCGAACUACCGAGCGACAUUUCCAACAACUUCAUCAUGGCUGGUCACGGUCACCACAGCUUUAACGGCCCUCCCAAGCCCCCCGUGGCUCACGUCCCCCGUAUCUACCGAUUCACCGCGACAGCUCUAGGCGCUGGCAUGUGGUUCUUCCUCAUGUACCGGGCGAAGAAGGAUGGUGCCGUUCUCCUCGGCCUCAAGCACCCUUGGGACCACUGAACGAAUACCAUCAACGAUUACUUCUUUUUUUCCGCAAUAGUUACAACAGGGAAGGCAUCAGUCGCCGAAAUCAAAGGAUACGUGGAUUAGAUGCGGUGUAUAUAGAGCAAAAGAGGCUCUAGAAUUGAUACAAAAUCUCCAAUUGCGGGUACUAUUGUGACCUUCAUGUUUUCUGGGUACGAUCGGAUAUUGAUAUCUCGGUUAUUCA